AUGCCGCUUGUGGAUACAAAAUCAGGAGAAAACAAAGGAAUACCAAAACGCAUCAGGACGGCCUUCUCUAACUCCCAAUUAUUGAGAAUGGAAGAAGAAUUUGCAAUAAUUCAAUAUUUGAAUCGUCCCAAACGCAUCCAUCUGGCUAAUGUUCUUCAUUUGACUGAGCGCCAAAUCAAAAUAUGGUGA